GGUGACCGCCGGUUGCGCCCGUUGAGGGCGGAGCGGGCUUGACUGACAGUUACUUCUCCGCGUCGGGAACGGACGCUGCGAGUUUCUGUGGCUAAGAGUGGCAGUCACGGCGCGGACGAAGGGCCGUGGCCGCGGUCCCCUCCCUGACCUGUAGGGAACGUCUUCCAGAGAGACCGGUGCUCGCUGCGUCCGUUUGGUCGGCUGCCAACGAGCGCGUUUACACGGUCCGCAGAGCUGAUGGAUCUACUUGAGAAGAAUAAAAGGAACAUUAAAAACACCCCCGCAGCAGGUGUUUAGGCCAGCAUGGUCCCACCGUGGAGUGCUGGCCAGCCGACAAGUUGGGAUCAGCAACACUGUUGUGCUGAUCCUGUGCCUCUGCCUGGGAUGGCUCAUCCUCAACCUCGGAGGACAGGAAGGAAGCUGCCGCGCUCCAGGUAGAGAUAUAGACAGAGAGAGAAACAGAGAAAAAGGUCUUCCUUCCAUUGGUUCACUCCUCAAAUGGCCACCACGACCAGCGCUACACCGAUCUGAAGCCAGGAGCCAGGUGCUUCUUCCUGGUCACCCAUGUGGGGUGCAGGGGCCCAAGCAUCUGGGUCAUCCUCCACUGCCCUCGUGGGCCACAGCAGAGAGAUGGAAGAGGAGCAAUCGGGACUAGAACCAGCAUCCAUAUGGGAUGCCGGCACCGCAGGCGGAGGUUGAGCCAAGUGAGCCACAGCGCCUGUCUGCUUCUUUGCUCUAAAAUCAGAGCUCUAGAUCUCAUCUUUCAGUCACCUAAGAAUAAAACUAAACUACGAGCCCUCUAACAAAAAUCUCUGAGGCUGUUAACUUGACAACAGUGGAACACAUUAGUGAGGAGAUUCACUAAAUAAUUCAGUAGGUAGAGAAAAAGAAAUAAAUGGAUUUUAAGUGCUAGAAAGGAGGAGUUGAGGUGGUUAUUCUUGUUAAGCAUGGAUAAUUGGCAUCAUGCAUAGAACAGAAUGGGCUGUGUCUAACACAAUUAGUAGAAAAAAUCCAGUUUUUUAUGUUAGAACAAUGUCUCAUUUAAGUUCAGUACAGGUAUAGAAUAUUGGUGUGAUUCAAAGUUCAUGUCUUCUUUCUGCUUCAGAUUGGUAGAGUCAGUUACUACUGAAAUACUGGUAUUUUCUGGAAAUGCACUGCCUUAAGUGAAAAAGUUCCUUAUAAAGAGUUGUUUUGUGUUCAGAAAUGUAAAUAUACACAUGUUCUAACAUAUAAUAAUCACUUAAUAGUAAUAUAUGUAUCAUCCUUAUUAAGUGAGAAGUAUUUGCUCAUUGAUUAAUUCUUAGAUUCCAAAAGUCAUUUCUUGGAUUUUGAUUAUUUUGGGAAAAUUUCAAGAGUAGGGAGAAUUAAUCUAACAAAUAUUAUAUUAGGGAACUGCUUGACUGAUUUGCAACCCUCAAAUAUAUUUAACUGUUAAUUCCCACUACCUCAGAUUAUGAUAAUAUUUGGAUAUUAGAUCUUUAAAGAAAUAAUUAAGACAAAAUGGGAGGAUAGGGGUAACAUGAUACAAAUAGUUUUCCUAUGAGAAGAGAGGAUUAAGACACAGAUACACAAAGGGGAAGGACCACAUGAAGACAGCAGAAUGGUGACCAUCUCUAAACCAUGCACAAGGAUAUCAGAAAUAAUCAAACUUCCCAACACCUCGAUACUGACUUCUGACCUUAGAAUUUUGAGAAUAUAAAUUUCUGUCGCAACUGUAUAGUCUAUUAUUACUUUCUUAAUUAGCCCUUGGAAACAGAUAUGCAGGGACUAUUGCAUACUGUAUGUAUGUAUAUACAGUUCUUUAAUUAUGUCCUAUAGCUAAUAUCCCAUACUACAGAUUAGGAAACUGGGCUUAGAACAAUUAAGUAAAUUGACUUCCUUGUUUAUAGCAUUGUAAAUCCUGGAAAUGUCAUUGAUUCUUUUGGAUAUGUCAUUGAAUCUUUAGGAUCAGGGUCCAGACCAAGAUGAGGUCAGUUAUGCUCUUGCCUCAUACUCAGAAUUGAAGAAGAAUGAAUUUAUUCAGCAAUAAAGAUUAAUGACUUAUGGAAAUAUUAUUUGAAUUCAACUUAUGUUGAGAUAAUUGUAGAUUGCCCCACAUUUCUAAGAAAUAAUGCAUAGCAAUUACAUGCAACCUAUUCAUUUUCCCCUAAGAAUGACACCUCCCCAAAUCACCACACACUGUUAUUCCAGAAUAUUGACACUGAUAGAGUCAAGAUGUAUAACAUUUGCAUCAACACAAGGGUGAGUUCUGACUCCUUUUUAUAGCCAUACUCAUUUCUACUCCCUUACCCCUACUCCAACUAUUUAGCCAUGGAAACCAAUAAUAAUUAUACAGAGACUCAUGCAGCUUGCUUGCCUGUUAAUAGGAUUUUUACCAUUAUAUUCUUUAGGAAGAUCCUGUGAUGUGGACAUACCAAUUUGCUUACCAAUUUUUUUUUCAUUAAAGGAUUUGUAGAUAAUUCAGAUUGAGGCUUUUAGAAUAAAGUUUUUAUAAACUAAGUAUUGUUGCUAAGAACAUAUACUGGUGGAAGGAUAAUCUUUUCAAUAAGAGAUGCUUAACUUCACAUAUAUUUAUGCAAAACUUCACAUAUAUAUUUAAAACACUGAAAUUAGAUCCCUACCUCUGUAUAUACAAAAAGCAACUCAAGAUGGGUUUAGUACAUAACUGUAACACCUGAAACUAUGAAAUUUCUAAAAGAAAACAUAGGAGAAACACUUCAAAACACUGGUGUAAGCAGUGGCUUCUUAGAUAAGACUUCAAAAGCACAGACAGCAAAAACAAAACCAGACAAAUGGAAUUGCAUCAAACUCCAAAGCUUCUGCAAAGCAAAGAAAAUAAUAGAAUGAAGAGACAUUUGACAGAGUGGAAGAAAAUAUCUGCAAGCUACUUAUCUGACAAAAGGUUAAUAUCAAUAAUAUAUCAGGAACUCAAAAACUCAGUACCAAAAAGCAAUCAAUCCAGUGAACAAAUGAACAAAGACCUCAAAAGAGGAAAUAUAAAUGUCCAGCAAAUAUAUGAAAAGACAAUAUCACUAGUCACCGGGGAAAAGCAAAUCAAACUAGACUGGAAAUAUCACACCACCCCUGUUAGAAAGACUAGUAUCAAAAGUUACAAAUGCUAGCACAGAUAUGGGAAAAGGGGAACUCUACACUGCUGGUGGAAUGUAAAAUAGUAAGCCUCUCUGGAAAACAGUAUGAAAAUUUCUUUAAAAACUAGAAACAGAACUGCCACGUGAUCAAGCAUUACUGGAUAUCUAUCCAAAAGGCACGAACUCAUGUAAUCAAAAGGGAUGCCUGCUGCACCAUGUUUGUCACAGCACCAUUCACAAUAGCAAGGAAUCAACCGAGCUGGGAGCUGGAUUAGAAGUGACCCUGUGAAUUGCUUUUGGCACCACCCCUGCUUUAAAAGGACCCGGCACUGCCAAGAACUCGAGUUCCUGGACCGGUUGCUGUGGGAUGGUGACAUCACAGAGCAGGCUGACAAUUCCGUCUCACGAUGUUUCUCACGAAGCAGCAAGAAGCAAGUGGGGAGCCCUUGGGGAAGAUGUCCUGCACCUCUGAGAUCCAAGCAGCCUUCAUUCUCACCCCCUUCGUUACCUUCUUCACCGGCCUCAUCAUCUUAUUCAUCUUCAGGCUCAUCUGGAGCAUCUUUAGAAAAUGGCAAACCAUCAAUGGAACAGGAAUUAUCUUGGAACUCUUCUCACCAGGCAGCAUGGGCCAUAACCCGUUAAGAAGGCUUUAUUCUUAUGGACUAGUCCGUGAUCACAUAAAAAUGCUGCUUUCGGCACAGACCUUUUUGGGGAAAGUGUUGGUGAUCCUCGUCUUUGUACUAAGCAUCGGGUCUCUUAUAAUCUAUUUCAUCGAUUCCACCGACCCUGUUGGAAGAUGUUCUUCAUACCAAGACAAAACCAUCCCUGUUGAUUUGAUUUUCAAUGCUUUCUUCAGUUUCUAUUUCGGGUUGAGAUUUUUUGCAGCUGAUGACAAGAUCAAGUUCUGGCUGGAGAUGAAUUCCAUUGUAGACAUUUUUACCAUCCCACCAACUUUUAUUUCUUAUUAUUUGAAGAUCAAUUGGCUAGGUUUAAGGUUCCUACGAGCAUUGCGGCUACUAGAACUUCCUCAAAUCUUGCAAAUUCUACAAGUCAUCAAGACCAGUAAUUCAGUAAAGUUUUCCAAAGUGAUGGCUAUAGUUCUCAGCAGCUGGUUCACGGCGGCAGGAUUCAUUCACCUGGUGGAAAAUUCCGGUGACCCAUGGCUCAAAGGUAGAAAUUCACAGAAUAUAUCAUACUUUGAAUCCAUUUACCUGGUCGUGGCGACAACCUCAACAGCUGGCUUUGGCGAUGUGGUGGCCAAGACUUUCUUAGGACAGACCUUCAUCAUGUUCUUCAUUCUGGGGAGUUUGAUAUUAUCUGCCAACUAUGUCCCUGAAAUGGUGGAACUUCUUGCUAACACGAGGAACUACACCAGAUCCUAUGGCGUGGUCAAAGGGAAGAAGUACAUCGUGGUCUGUGGAAACAUCACUGUGGACAGUGUGACGGCUUUCCUGAGGAACUUCCUCCACCACAAGUCGGGGGAAAUCAACACGGAUAUUGUCUUCCUGGGAGAGUCCCCUCCUUCUUUGGAGCUGGAGAAGAUAUUUAAGUGCAAUUUGGCCUACACGAGUUUUAUCUGCGGAUCUGCACUGAAGUGGGAGGAUCUGAGGCGGGUUGCGGUGGAAUCUGCGGAAGCCUGCCUGAUCAUAGCCAACCCUUUGUGCAGUGACUCGCAUGCUGAAGACACUUCAAACAUCUUGAGGGUACUCUGCAUCAAGAACUAUUACCCCAAGACCAGAGUCAUCAUACAAAUACUUCAAUCCCAUAACAAGGUCUACUUGCCAAAGAUUCCCAGCUGGAACUGGAGUACUGGAGACAAUAUCAUCUGCUUUGCUGAAUUAAAGCUGGGAUUCAUUGCCCAAGGCUGCUUGGUGCCAGGCUUGUGCACCUUUCUAACAUCUCUAUUUAUUGAGCAAGACAAAAAGAUCAUUCCUAAACAGCCCUGGGAGAAACAUUUCUUGAAUGGUCUGAAGAACAAAGUUCUAACUCAACAUCUCUCUGAUGAUUUUGCUGGAAUGAGUUUUCCUGAAGUUUCCCGGCUCUGCUUCGUGAAGAUGAACCUCAUGCUCAUAGCCAUCGAACACAAAUCUGUCUUUCACGGUGGUUGCUGGUACAGGAAAAAUGGUCAUGGAAAACAACUUAAAGGACAUUUCUUCCACUUCAGCAAUGCAGCGUCCUGUAUCAAAGGGGCACUCAAACAUCAUUAGCUGGAGCAGCCUGGCCACCAGAAACACACGGAUGAGUCAAAGCACGAGUUUCGGAACCACAUUGUCGCCUGUGUCUUUGGAGACACCCAUUCGGCUUUGAUGGGGCUUCAGAACUUUGUGAUGCCUUUGCGAGCGAGCAACUACACCCGGAGGGAGCUGAAGGACAUUGUGUUCAUCGGGUCUCUGGAUUACAUGCAGAGAGAGUGGCGCUUUCUCCAGAACUUUCCCCAGAUAUAUGUUAUGCCUGGAUCUGCACUCUACAUCGAGGACCUGCACGUGGCCAACAUUGAGUACUGCUCCAUGUGCGCCAUCCUAUCCCCCCCCUCCAAGCCGUCCCAUAGCCAGACGCUGGUAGACACGGAGACCAUCAUGGCCACCCUCAACAUCAGAUCCCUGCGCAUUGGCUCCUGUGCCCACACCACGUCAGAGCGAGUGGCAACCGACUUAAAUGAAAACUACGGGAAAACAAAAUACCGAAGAAUUCCCAUCCUCACUGAACUCAAAAAUCCUUCCAACAUCCACUUUAUCGAACAGCUUGGCGGACUGGAGGGGAGCCUCAAGGAAACCAACCUGCAUCUCAGCACUUCCUUCUCCACAGGCACCGUGUUUUCUGGCAACUUCCUCGAUUCCCUCCUGGCCACGGCCUUCUACAACUACCACAUCCUGGAAUUACUUCAGAUGCUGGUGACAGGAGGGAUAUGUUCUCAGCUGGAGCAACACUUGGAUAAAGAUAAGCUCUCUGAGCUGCCCGAAAGUUGCACCACAUUCUUCUCUGGAAGAUCGCGGUGUAAGCUGGGGCUUCUGUCCUUAGACCAAACCAUUUUAUCAGAUAUUAAACCUAGAGAAACCUUUGGACAACUAUUCUGUGGCACAUUAGAUAAUCUGGGAAUCCUGUGUGUUGGUUUAUAUCGUCUGAUAGAGGAAGAGGAACGGAACCCGGAAAACAAAAGGUUCGUGAUUACCCGGCCAGCCAAUGAGUUUAAGUUGCUACCCACAGACCUUGUGUUCUGUGCUAUCCCUUUCAGCACAGCCUGUUAUAAAAAGGACAGCAGUUCUUCAAGUGCCCCAUAUGAGAUUACAAACAUCAUGCCAGUGACCUCGGAGACAAACAUGGAGAUAAGCUGUACCCCCACCGUCGACCUAGAUUAGAUGACAAGACAUGGCACGAUAAUUGUUCUCACCAGACCAUUUUUUGGAGCUGAAAACUUCUUCCUGUUGGGUUUAGUAGAAACAAAAUAUUCCGGAGAAAGGGCUAGCCCUCUGCAUAUUCAAAAAUCCACAAAUCGCCCUGCUGUACACAUAUUGACCAAUCAGCUUAACUCUCAACUUCUCAGUAUUUUAGAAUAAAACUUAUCCCACAAAACGAUCUCAUUUCCCAUAAAGCAGAGCAAUUUCAAGGAGAAAUAAUUUAUUUUGCAGUAGAGGACUCGAUAUCAAAAGGCUUGCUAAAUAAAUGUUAAGGUAUAUGUAAUGUUUAAGCAUUCAUAUUGUCAGUUUUUACAAAUAAAAUUGGCAGAGUACCCCUAAA